AUGGAUGAACCACAGCCGAUGCCGCUGCGGCAGGACAGCGAAACUGCUACACGUCGUAGGUAUCGCUGGCAAUGGUGGAAUCGAGAUGUCCACGAUGAAGUUAGCUACCUCACCACCGUCAACUAUAGCGUGAAAGAAAGAGAAUCCCAGAUCCUGCGCCUCGUAGACGACAACGGAUUCAACGUCAAAGUCUUCCUCGUCGCCGCCUCCGGCUUCCUCGCGUCGUCCUACGGUCUCUUCGCCACCAACGUCGUAACCCCAGCCAUUAACUACAUCUACCCCGCAUGCGGCCGCCUCGGCAGCGACUCCGGCUCCGUCAUCGACUUGCUUACCCUCGUAGGCACGACGCUCGGCAUGCUCGUGGUGGGACACCUCGCCGACCGCGCGGGGCGCAAGAGGCUGUACGGGUUCGAGCUCUCCGUCCUCAUGCUUGAGGAUGGGGUCGAAUACCAAGGCUCGAUGAAUAUGUAUGCGUGGAUCGCGUGGUGGCGCACCAUCCUCGGCUUCGGCAUCGGCGCGGAGUACCCAAUUUCGGCAAUUAUUACGGCAGAAUGGGCUUCGACCGAGUCUCGAGGCACAAUGCUUGCAGCGGUCAAAUCCAUGCAAUCCCUGGCUCGCAUCCUAGCAGCCUCCGUUGGCCUUGGGUUCCUACGACAAAUGACCAAUACGGUAUGGAGAUGGGUGAUAGGCAUCGCUUUGCUCCCCGCCGCCAUCGCCAUCCUCGCGCGACUGACCAUACCGGAGACGCCCCGGUACUACGUCGACAUCAUGAAGGAUUUGCGCAAGGCCGUCAGGAAUGCCCUCCAGGUGUACAAAACGAGAAGAGUUCAAGAAACGAACCCGCCCCUCGCUGCCCCGCGACGGAGCAAUAGCGACACAAACGACCACUGGUACCGCGGCGCCUGGGCGUACCUCAACCGCGACUCGAGGAAGAUUCUCCGUAGGUUGGUCGCCAUCACCGUGCUAUGGGGUCUCGUGAAUACGCCGCGGAAAAACGACUCAAGUCUGCUAGAAGAGAGCGCUUCAUGCCCAGAUGCGACGAACUGGAGAGCGACCUCGGAGCCCCCAGAUACCACCAUCUACCGCAUGCUGGAACUCAACUCACAGAGAUCUUUGGAAGUAGUAUCCAUAGCGUCAAUCCUGGGCAACAUCGUCGCCAUCCUGUUGAUUAACCGCUUUGAGAGAAGAAGAAUGUUGGCCGCCACAUUUGCCACCUCGGCACUGCUCUUCAUCGUCACGGGUGCGACGCUGCUCGAGGCAGAUCGGCAGGGAAAAAAGCCUACCGUCUCCCUGGUCUUCUACGCCCUCACUCACUUUGUGUAUAACCUGGGACCCAACACCCUCAUUUUUGUCAUUGCAGCAGAGAUUUUCCCCACGGUGUAUCGCAGCACGUUUUACGGCAUCGCCGCGGCUGGGGGAAGAUUGGCGCCAUCAUCAUAUGCGCGACCAUAUGGGCCAAGGGAACUCGCCGAGAGCGCUCGGGAUCCGGCUGCUGUACAGCAUAGCCCAGGGCGAGCGGAUGUCGAGAGCAUUCCGGCGAGCGACGACCCGCCAGCUCUCUGUCUCGACGCGAAAGAAGUUUGUCUGAAGAAGCAAGAUGGAUUGCCCUACAAGGACCCCUGGACCUACUAUACGGAGACCCGCCCCGCCCCGCUAGCAGGCUUAGGCGUCUUCGCCGUCAGGGACAUCCCCAAGGGCACCAGGCUCACGUCCGAAGCGCCGCUGCUCUCCGUGCCCGCCGUGCCCAACGACAAGCUCUACGCCGCCGUCUGCGAAGACUUCACCCUCAAAGUCAUCCACGCCAGCGAGAUCCGCAGAAACAUCAUCCAGUGGUACCUGGACCUCCCUUCCCCAAUCCGCCCCUACGCCAACGUCACCGAGCUCGACGCCCUCGUCCGCCAAACGUGCCGCCGCUACGCCAUCUUCCUCACCAACAACCUCGACAUGGGGCCCGGCGCCGGCGCCGGCGUCUUCCCGCGCUUCAGCCGCAUGAACCACUCGUGCACCCCCAACAUCUUCGACGCCUACAACCCGGCCUCGGGCCGCCUCACCGUGCACGCCGCGCGCUUCGUCGCCGCCGGCGAGCAGCUGCACUCGGCCUACGUGGAGCCCCUGUGGCCGCGGUCGCGCAGGGUACGGAAACUGCGCGCGUGGGGGUUCGAGUGCGCGUGCGCGGCGUGCUCGGACGAGAGCCUCGGGGCCGCGCGCGAGGAGGCGUUCGCGCUGGACGACGAGCUAGCCGAGUACGUCGAGUGGUUGGAGGAGCCGCCCGAGGGCGAGGUGAGCGAUGAGGAGAUGCCGUACUUGGCGUCGAGCGAGGAUGCUUGGCGGGCUGCGCAGAGGAUGUUGGCGAUUUUGCGGGAGCAGGGGCUCAGCGGGGAUGCUUUGUUCAGCGCGUACCGGUAUUGUUCGCGCAUCAAGUACGAACAAGGCGACCUCGCCGCGGCGCUCCAAUUCGGGCGCAAAGCCCGAGAGCAUGAGAUUUGCUGUGUGGGCAUAGAUGGCCCAUCUCGGGCGCAUUCAGGCUGGGACUCGACCCAAGACUUAAUCGCCAGGCUUGAGAAGGAGAUACAGCAAACCCGCUGA